AUUUACAACAAUUAUUUGUAUAUACAAAUCCUGAUGCCGUACUUACAACAUGUCAGCCCCCAGCAAAAAAGUCGGAUGACUUCGACAAUGAGAUUAUGGAUGAAGAUAUUGGCUCCGGCUUUUCGCCCAGUGAGAGUGAAUCGGGCUAUAAUAUUUUGGAAGAAUCAUUUUGGAAUGCGACGGACGAUGCCAGUGGAUUUCCAUUACAAACACCGCCCCCGUAUUCACACGAAAGACCUUAUCGUACAAUUAAAGGUGAAAAGGGUGAACGUGGACCAAAAGGACCACCCGGUGAUAGUAUACGGGGUCCUCCGGGACCUCCGGGUCCACCGGGACCAAAAGGUGAAUCGGCAACUUUUCCCGCCUUCGUUGAUUUUCCCACCGGUCCUGAUGCGAAAUACACUGGCAAAUGUACGUGCAAUGCGUCUGAUAUCCUAGAAGCAAUCAAAGAUAACGAUAUAUUACGUGAAACAAUACGCGGCCCACCUGGUCUGCCAGGUAAGGAGGGAAAAACUGGUGCGCCUGGACUCACGGGUGCUACAGGGAAACCAGGUGAACGUGGUGCCCCCGGUCCCAAAGGUGACCGCGGCGAUAGGGGCGAUCCUGGCUCCCGUGGGCCCGAGGGUCUGCAAGGCCAUAAAGGCGAGCCUGGCGUCGACGGCAUGCCCGGCGUGCUGGGACCACCUGGCCCGCCGGGACCGCCAGGCUUGCCCGAGAAUUACGAUGAAUCCUUAAUGGGCAAUUCAAUGCGUCCGAUGCGUAGCUCUUCGCCGGGACCCAAGGGGCCACCUGGUGAUAAAGGUGAUGGCGGCACACCUGGCGAACGUGGCCAACCGGGCCAGAAAGGUGAACGCGGGGACCCCGGAAUGACUGGCGAAAAAGGUGAUAGGGGACAUCCAGGCGUGCACGGCCCUAACGGACAGAAAGGGGAACCUGGCCAACCAGGCGUACCGGGUAUGGCAGGUGCACCAGGUGCACCUGGCCUGAAAGGGGAUCGGGGUCUACCUGGUGAAUUGGGUCCCAUUGGGCCUCCUGGUCCACCCGGUGAAGUCGUAUAUGCGGAUAAUUCUUUGAACGGUACAAAUGCUGCAGCGGGAGGACAGUGUCAAUGUCCAGCCGGACCACCUGGUCCGCCGGGAAUGCGCGGCCCACAAGGCUAUGAAGGACCACCCGGUUUGAACGGCGAGCCUGGUCCAGCUGGGUCGAACGGUUUGACCGGCCUGCCUGGCUCCAAAGGUGAGAAGGGCGAAAAAGGUGUGCGAGGCCUGAGCGGCCCGAAAGGCGAUCGCGGACCCGAAGGACCGCCAGGGCAGGCCUUUUUCGCUGGCGGUUACGAAGGCAUGGCUAUGAAUGGCACCAAGGGCGAAAAGGGCGAGAAGGGUAUGCGCGGGAGACGCGGCAAACCGGGCCAAGCUGGACAAAUAGGACCGCCGGGCAAACCAGGUGCAAUGGGCGAUAUCGGGCACUCGGGACGACCUGGACUUCUAGGCCCCAAAGGUGAUAUGGGCAUGAAAGGACAGAAGGGUGAAACUGGCGGUCGAGAAGGCCCAAAAGGCGACAAAGGGGAUCGAGGUCAGGAUGGGCGUGAUGGUCUACCUGGUCCGCCUGGACUACCAGCAGCAGCCGGUGAAGGUGUACAAUAUAUACCAAUGCCUGGACCACCAGGACCGCCUGGGCCACCUGGUCAACCAGGCAUGCCCGGUUUGUCUAUAACCGGCCCGAAAGCAAAUGGACGCUCGUCUCUUGAUGAAAUCAAAGCUUUGCGCGAACUACAAGACUUAAGAGAUCGACCAGACAGCACAUCUGGUCCACCCGGUCCACCAGGCCCACCAGGCCCUCCUAGCCACUCGCGUCAUGACGAUGAGGAAACACCAUAUUUUUCAGCAUCAUCAUGGAAUAUGAGAAUUGUACCUGGUGCGGUGACAUUCCCGAAUAUCGAUGAAAUGACAAAGAAAUCAGCAAUGAAUCCACCAGGCACAUUGGCCUACAUCACGGAAGAGGAAGCGCUGCUGGUGCGCGUCAACAAGGGUUGGCAAUAUAUUGCGCUUGGUACUUUGGUGCCCAUUGCCACACCCGCCCCACCGACCACUGUCGCACCACCAGUACGCGUUGAUAUACAAUCAUCAAAUCUGCUAAACAAUCUGCCGCCGCUUUUAAAUACGCCAACGUUUACAACAGCGCCAGAAUAUGAGACGUGGUAUCCACGCAUGCUUCGCGUUGCUGCACUCAACGAGCCAUACGUUGGCGAUCUGCAAGGCAUACGAGGCGCUGACUUUGCCUGUUAUCGUCAAGGGCGCAGAGCCGGUUUACUGGGAACCUUCAAAGCUUUCCUGUCAUCCAGAGUGCAAAACCUUGACUCGAUUGUACGUGUCGCUGACCGCGAUUUGCCGGUGGUCAAUACCAGAGGCGACGUCCUUUUCAAUUCGUGGAAAGGCAUCUUCAAUGGCCAAGGUGGCUUCUUCUCGCAGGCGCCGCGCAUUUACAGUUUUAGCGGCAAAAACGUUCUAACAGAUCCAUUGUGGCCACAAAAACUGGUUUGGCACGGCUCACUACCCAACGGUGAGCGUUCGAUUGACACAUAUUGUGAUGCCUGGCACUCAGGCUCCAGGGAUAAGUUCGGUUAUGCCAGCAACCUGCUGGGGAACAAACUGCUCGACCAAGAGCGUCAAACUUGCGAUAGCAAACUAAUUGUGCUGUGCGUGGAGGCAUUGUCACAGGAUAGAAGGCGAAAGCGCGAUCUCAGCGGCAGUGAACCAGAGUUCCAUACGGCGGAAGCAUAUGCGCGCCACCUGAAGGAAGUGUUAACUUGAAAUAUUGAUUUACGCACAUAUUUGUCACAAAAGCGCGCCAGCAGGGGGCAUCAACUGCGCCAAAAACAUUUACGUCACUACAAACCAGUCAGAAAUAAGCAACUACUUGAACAACAACGACCGAAACAAUUUUAAAAGGAAAUCGUAAAUCGAGUGGCGAUGCUAAACUACAAAAUUUAUGAUUUUGUCUUUAACCCCCCUAAAAAGCAGAAAACCAACGAGAUACAAUAAUUAUUAUUACAUACUAUGAAGUAUUUCAUCCAAUUUUGUUCAUCUCAUACUGACAAACCGUGAAAAUACAGGAUGUGCCAUCAUGCGUUUGGAAUUUGAUUCAACUCUCAACCGGCACUCAAAAAAAGUCACACAUAAAUCCUCACAUCUGAAAUUUCAUUCAUUCAAUACUCAAUGACAAAUAAUUUGACAUUUAUUAAUUAUUUUUAUUUGUCAUCAAUUCAAAAUGUAAGAAGUAACAACAUAAGUUAUUUAAUUAAAUAUAAUAAGAAUUACUUCCAACUAAUUUUGAUGAACUUUUCAUAUGAAUUGCUUGCAGAAGUCGAUUUACGCUCUUUUUACCGAAAAAAAUCGCACCUAGAACACAUCACCCGUUUUUUGAAGCAUGAUAGUUCUGCAGGCUCUAAUUAUGCCGAUAGAAGCAGCAGGCAGGAGGCGUUCCCUUUAGGUAAUACUUUUCUGUGCAUUAUCUCUGGAUUCACCAACGACAAUCUCAGAUCUUUUAAAAAGAAUUGACGCUUGGCCGGCAAUUAUUCCUUUCGAGCCAUAAACCAUAUGCGUUAACUGCCAAAGUGUCUGUUUUAGUCAAUUGCAGCACAAAGCGGAGAGUCAGCGAUUCGUUUUUCUUUUGAUGGAAUGAUUUGAAAUACUUGUAAAGGUGUAUCUUUUUUUUGCAAGUAAUACUGCUUUAUUUUUUUGGACAUACCAUACAGUUUACACUUCAUUGUUGAAGAAAAAUUUGCUGGAGUAAAAUAGGUGCUGGCGAAUUUACGCUUUGUUGGAAUUAGACAAAAACAUUUUAUAUGUAUGCCCGAACUGUCCCAAUUAAAGUGAUUUAUUUCCAAAGUUCGAAAGUGGUAAAGAAAUUAUCGCAAAUGAUAUUUCGUUCCUUUCAAUCCAUCACUAAAUCCAAAAGGACCCUUUGACCUGGUUUCCUUUAGAUAGCAUCACCAGGUAUUUUGCCAUCAGACGCUUGUACAUUCUAAACAAGGCAAGCAUUUUUGUCAUCAAACCCAACAUAGCAUUUGAAUGGUUUUAGAGAUAUCGCAGAGCGAGAAAUCGGUAUUACUAUUACGACCUCAUUCCAUAGAUUUUCAAGAGAUUCUCCGCUCCAUUUAUAAACUUCACUCGAAAUCAGAAGCAACAUAUGCGCGAAUCAAAUAUCGUCAAUUUUUUUCCAAUCAGCACACAAGAUCUCAAAAACUUGUUUUAUUGGUUUUAUCUGAAGUAAUUCUUAACAUUAAUGGAGUGCAUGACAACUCAAAUGCUGCAAAAUGCACAACAUGUUGAUCUAAAUAAAAUUAUCAGGUUAUUUUAAGAUAGAGGAGUCGAAUUAAAAUAAAUAGAAUGCUUUUCAGUAGCUUAUAAAACAGGAUAUAAAACUUCUACAGUCGCAAACUUUAAAUUGAGUGAUAAAUCACCCGAUGGACGGAUAAGGGUUAAUUUUGAGAACAAUAUAAAUGAUAGAAGCAUGAAUACUUUUCAAUUUUAUUUUAUUUUUAUGAAAAAAUAAAACUACCCACUAAGCAUGGAACACAAAUUCAUUUAAAUAAAUUUUUCUGUUGGCCUUACAGUAGCAGCUUCUGUCAACCCAAUGUUUCAAUACAUUUUGCCGGUUUCGCUUUUUAUGACUUAAAUGGUAUUUUCAUCCGAAGCAUCAUGGAUGCUAUUUUUGCGGCGAAAGUCAAAAACAUCUAUAGUUCAAAUUCCAAACGCUUGAUAGAUCACCCUGUAUUCAGCAGGCUUAGAUAAUUGUGACUACUUACUAAGUAACUAAAUGCAUACAUAAAUAAAUUUCCAUCUAUGUGUGUGACUUUUUCAUUGCAUCUAUUAUACACAUACGUACAUACAAACAUACUCAUGUUGCUACAUCUAAGAUAUAUUUAUGUGCAGUAGUUAUUAUAUUUUUUUCUGUGUAACUAUUCUAGCGAAGUAAGUUCAAAAGAAAAUCAGAAUAUAAUUUUGAAAUUAUAAAAUCAAAGAUUUUAACUACAACUUAAAUGUAUGUGCAUGAUUUUGUAAAUAUUUAAAUAUAAUUUUUUUACUUAUAAAACGAGAUAAAAUAAAUAAAUAGCUUCCUAAGAAAAACAGUCAUAAAUUAAUAAUGCAAAGCAAACAAUAACACAAACAGACAACCAUUGAAAAUGAAAUAAAAUUAUAGAAGGGCAAUAAAAUUAGACGCAAUUUUUGUUUAAAUACGGCGCUGUAAACUAGAAUGCAAAAAUGUUGAAAUCUUUCGACUAAACUAACUCAAUCAACGCAGUCCGUAUGUAAUUAAAUGAAUAUUGUCAUGCCUGCAGCCUGUCUAUAACUUUGAAGAAAUUAAACACAAACUAAAAAAGCAUUUGAUUUUAUAUUAUAUGUAAUAAAUAUGCAUAUAUGUAUGUAAAUACUUCACACAGAGAAUUUCAAAGGAACCUUUGGAAAAGUAAAAGGAAAAUUCAGAAAUAACAUAUAAAAUUUGCAUUUACGAACUACACUUUGUGCAACAGAAUUUGUUAUCAGAACAUUAUCAAAAAUUAUUAAAAUUCCUUGUGACGGUGCCAAAAGGUGACAGCAACUUGAGAAGUUAGUUCGUUUCGAACAGAAAAUUAUAGUUUAACUACAUUUGAAUAUCGCAUUUAAGUGCCCAAAUUACCAAACAACCGUUUUUGUGUCGUAAGCUCACUUUCAAAACGAAAUUAACUCUACCAAGGUCAGCAACUUCCAGAAAAGGUUAUGCAUAUUAACAGUGAGAGCCACAAUUUAUAUGUAAUUUUUUUUUUUUAUAUAUGCAUGUACUAUACUUUACAGUGCAACUGGGGCGGUAAACAUACAAUUAAAAGACAUAUAAUUUAUUAAUUUUUUUGUGGUAGAGUUUUCCCGUACUAAAUUACCUUUCCCUUUAUUUUUAGAAAAUGUAUAUACAAAAACAUCGUCCACUGGCACCACACGUUUCGACUAUUCAUUAAUUUAUUAUGAUUUGCUUACAAAUAUCAUAUUAAUCCAAGUUUCAAAACUUUCCACGAGAUUUAUAAAAACUUUUAAAACUAAAUUUCAAAAAAAAUUCAAUAGUUUUUAUCAGAAUUUCUAAAACCAAAAUUUUGGUACGCAUUUCUAUUGCCCAUUCAAUUUUAGUAUAAUCAGGUACAAGUUUCCAGCAGCUUAAGUUCUCAGUGAUUUUUUUUAAUUUUUUCUAUGACUGUGUUCCGCGUUUGCUCCAUCUAAAAAGCUGUAUGGCAUGCGCUAUAUGGAGAAAUGGGCAACACCAACAAAGAAAAAAUAUAUUUAAAUUCAAAAUAGUUUUAAGCCACUUUAAACUUGCACUUGCAAGUUAUAAAACUGCGUUCCCAAAAAUAUUGUACAGAUGAUUGAGUAAAAAUAAAAAAUUCCCAACAGCUGAGAUCACAUGAUUGCGAAAUGCUCUUUUAUGUACCUUAGUUGCAUAAAAAUGAUUGAAUUUCAUAGAAUAUCGUAACAAAAAGUCUAAAAAAUUUCGUGCGAAUUUAGAAAUAUAUUAAAAAUAUUUGUUAUAGCAAAAUUUCCAAGUCGAUGUGCUAUUUGAUUGUCCAUAUUCUAUUGCUUUUAAUGUUGCUAUAAAAAUUUUAAUUUGGCAUAGCAAUCCCGCCAAUACACUCAAGCAAAAAAUUCAGGCACUCAAACUACUACUCGUACACUAUUAAAUUGCGAAAUAAAUAGGAUAGUAUUUCUUACAAUUCCCAAAAAUUGUCGGAAAAUACUGCAUAUUAGGUAGAAAAUUUUGAUGAAAAUUAGAUAAAUGUUUAAAAAUUUUGCACACACUUUUAAACAUGGACUUAUGUGGCUCUUGCUAUAGAAUGAAAUAUACAAUAGGCCUCUUCUAUUCGCCAUUUCUCCGCUCGCUAACUCUAUGCUCGAUUAACUUAACAAAAAAUGUGCAUGCGAAAGCAACAACAAAGUUAUGGAGUAAGAUUCGCCGUAAGACAGCUCAUUAGGCCGCACUGCCUUCCCAGUACAUGUAAUUUAAGGCAACUCACUUCCAGCGUUGCCGACAUAUGUUUAUUUGUUACAUCUAUUCGCUACUUGCUAAGUCUUGGCGCUAUUAAAAAAAAUAAAAUUUAAAAUUAAUUUGAAAAAAGUUUUUGUAACAACUUAUCAAUAUGUUGUGACCUUAUAAUUGUGUCACUGAAUUUAUAUUAUUUUAAUAUUUUAUAUUUUCUAUAGUAGCUGCAAGCUAUUACGAUAGGAACAUUUUGUAUUUCCUAAAUCUAAUGGAGUACUUGACUACCAUUAAGUUCUUGGUAGAAAAUAGACUUUUAUGUUAGACUCAGCCCAUAACUGAAUAUAUUCGAAAUAUAAUUUCAAUGAAUUUUGGGUGGAUAGUACGUACAAGCGAUGUUCAUCAGUUGUUUCUAAUAUUUCGCCGAAACUCUUAGAAUAUGGCAUUAAUUUAUGUAUAAUCAUAUUUAAAAUAAAAGCUGAAAUAGCUGCCUUUGCCAUUUUUUUUACAUGCGUAGCAAAAAACUGUAGUCAUACGUCACAAUUUCAUAAAUGCUACUUAUUUCUGCCAACUAAUAAAAAUAAUAUACGUAGAUUCCAAUACAGAUACUAUGCAGAUAUUAAGCAUAACAAAUUGAGCGUGAAUAACACGGUGAUGAUUGACACUUCGGAAUACCUUGAAAGCGCGCGGAAAUUAUAGUACAGUGCGAUCUCAGUAAUCGCAACUAGUACAAAUUAAGGCGACUGCGUUUUUUUGCCGUUGCCUCCUGCUACGUGCCGAAUUUCUAAUUUUUUGUGUACUCCACUUCACUUCUUCCUCCAUUUUAAGCCCAGAGCGAAUUAUUAUAAAUAAGGCAGACCAACAGCUGUUAUCAUUUAGCGAAAGCUGUUUUCUACGUACUCCAAAAUAUUUUUUAUGAUAUUCAGGUAAUGCAAGCCUCUUGACCUCACUUUUCGACAGGUCUAUUCCAGUCACGCAUUUAAAGGUCCCAUAAAGGGAUCACUUUCAGGCUUAUCCGUAGUACUUUUUUGAUACUAUUUUCAAUUCAUAAGCCUUUUUGCUUAGUUAUAUGAAAUAAAAGUAUGUGCACUGCUUUAUAGCUUUAUAUUUUACUUAUUUUCGUACUUUGAAAGUCAAAUUUACAAUAAAAAGUGAACUUGAUUUUAAACAAGUUUUCACAUUUAGUAUAAUAUGGAACAUAUAAAAAUUUUUGAAUUUAUGAUACAUAAAGGUAAAUGCAUGCAUAUGUACAGGGCGUGCCUAGAUGUUGUCUUAAAAUAAAACAUGUAAAAAUUUAGAUUCUCUCGGGGGUUUCUAUUUUUAUUCAAAAUACGGUUCUUGACAAUUAUACUCGUAUGUAAAAAAUUACAUCGUUUAAGGCACCUUUCCAGUCUAGAGACGUGAAAAUUGAAGGCGUUGAAAAUUGAAGAAAAACAAUCGGUAUCAAUUGAAAAUGGGUUUUAUUCAUUAUGUAAAUUCUGUAUUUCCAAAAACAAAUAGUUUUUUUUUUUUCAAUAAUAAAAAAAAUUGCCACUGGUGUAACUGAUUGGGCUGCGCAGGUACGUCUAAAAUCGGUCGAUUAUUCAUCAGGAAAUAUGUCGCUAUGGUGGGUAGCAGAGUUACAAAAAAAAAUUUGUUUCUAGAUAUUUUAUCUGUUUACUGGAAAAACAAAAAAAAAAGAUUUUUUUCACGUUCUCGCUCUUAAAAAAAUAGAAAAAUUGGUUAUAAUUCUGCUACCCGCAAGAGCCACAAGUCUACUCAAUAACAUAUUAAAAAUUCAAAUCUAUCGGUUUAGUACUUUUUGAGAAAGUACCAACGCCAACUGGGAAAAAAUAUUUUCGAGGAAAACAAGGUUAACGCGCUUAUACUUGGGCAUCGUACUCCAAAUCGGGCCCGUUUUAAAGGACUAUAACGUAUAAACUACGACGAAUUUCAAUAUAAAAAUUUGCAAGUAUAUUUUUGAAAGUAUAAACUAUCAUAACAUAAAAAACAUCAAUUUUUUCGAAAUUCUAGACCAGAAAGGUACCUUAAACGUCCACCAACCACCUGCAGGUAAAAUUCGCCAAGCAGUCGAUUGAUAAACACAGAAACGACAGAACCAGUUUCUUGAAAUUUUGCACCAACUUUUGAACUCUUGACUCAUUCAGACGAUUAUUUCCACCGAAAAAGUUACAAAUUUUGCGAUAUAUUGUUAUUAAAUAUCGACCAUUUUCAUAAUAAGUUUCAAUAAAUUCCAUUGUUCUAUCGUGUAAGUAUCCAUGGUUAAAAUUGUAUUUCUGUUUACUUGCCAAAUAUAUAAGAUGACAUAAAAAAGGUACCAUCUGGGAUUUAUUCAAUACUGAUAUCUAAGCGCCACUUUUGAAAGACUCGAGUGCGAAUUUCGCAAGCGAAAACUGUAAAGGGAAUAAACGAUGGAGAGUGAUGCCAAGCACAGUAUGCAAAAAUGGAGCUUUUAAUAGGAAUAAAUGAGUUAGAAGCGUAUAAAAUUAAGUCAAGUUGGCACCAUUAUUAUCAAAAUUACAACAAACUCUGUUGGCAUAAGGGAAAUGCUUUAUAUUGUUACAACAAUAACAAUAAUAACAAAUCUAUUUCCUCAAAAAUGAUGGAAUACAAGAAUGCGCCUUCCGAAUUCGCUGCAACGUCAUGCCCCGAGAAUAUAAAAAACAAAAGCAAGAGAAAUUACUUGUUUGUGCAGAGGAAAAGUAGGCGAAAGUAAUAGAAACUGGCAAACACAAGAAAGGUUAUAUACAUACACACUUACUUGCCACGGCGUUAUCCGCAUAAAAACGCAAAAAAUUGAAUUUGGAGGUAUUUUUAUAAUUCGUGGUUUCAUAAUUUAAAAAGCGGCACUUCUUUUUCAUUAGUUUGUUUAAUUCAAAUCUUCAGAUCUCAAUAUUAACAAGCCAUGCACUGAAUAUUUGCAACAAGUAAUUUCUCUUCCUUUUGUUUUUUUAUAUUUAUUUUUUUGGUAUUAUUAUGGUUCCUGACGUCAGCCAGUUGUCAAAUUCAUACUUUCCGAUUUCGCUUCAAAGACAAAAAAACGGAAAACAGUGGUCGCAUUUGUUGCCUAAUAAAAACUGCGAUGCGAUGCUUUUAUAUAUUUUUAUAAAUGUUAUUUCUCAAUCAACUUUGACUUAUACUCGAAUCAGUUAAAGAUUUAUUUAAAACUCCACACUGCCUAUCUUUUUUUUAAGACACAUCAAGUUGCCAUGGUAAAUACUCUUAGCAUAAUCAUCAUUGGAUCACAGUAGUUAUUUAAAUUAUGUACUAUUUUAAGCACUAUUACGAAUUUCUUCAAGGUAAUAAAUCGAUAAAAAUUAGAUCCAAAUUUUGUAUGUAAAUAUAAAUUUGAUAUAUGUACGUAAGUAGAGCAUCACUUUUUGUAGAAAAUUUUGAAUAAAAUCAAGAACAUAAUAGUGCAAUUUACAAUUAAGUACUAUUAGCCAGGCAACCUAGCUUUUCUAAAUUAUGAUAAUUAAUAUGCAUACAUACAUACAUACAUACAAUUGUAUAUAUGCACAAGUAAGGCGCAUUCAAUAAGGAAGAAGUGGCAACUCAGCCGAACUCUCGCCUGCCUGGCUAUUAUGGGAAGAAAUUGUCAACCAAACAGCAAAUAACUACCAUAUCAUUUGAAUUCAAAGUAUCUGCAAUUUAAAAUUAGCUUCGUUUUAGUAAUUAUUGCUUUUUCCUUUUAAUGCAUAUGUCGAAAGUCUUGCGUCUUAAAUAAAUUAACAUACUAACUAAAAUGAAACACAUUCAUCCGUUUUGAUAAUUUUCUUAUUUUUAUUCGCCCAUUUCUGAGCAUUUCAUUUGUUAAUCAAAGUCUUUAUUCUAAAGCACAUGCGACGGUGACAAAAAUCUCUUUUGAUUCUCUAUUUAUAAAUUUACAACACAACUUUAUUUCAGCAGUUUACCUAUUUAAAUGUUUCCUAUCUAUUAAUAUAAGUUUAUUAAAUUACUUAAAUUUUUUUUUAGUUUCGCAAAAAAUUCUCCUUCACGUUUUUACAGGCCACCAUUUCAAAUUUGAUCUAUCCAUUUAUAAGAAGAGGAAAGUUUCUCUUCAUAUUCGAUAAAGGAUAAUUUCGUGUAAUGAACUCAAUUACAUACGAGGUAUGUAAAAAAAUAAGGCGAAUUUCAUAUGUAUUAAAGCCCACACACAGUCAUUGUACAGAUCCAUAAGUAAAAACACUCUCAGCUGGUUAUCGAAAAAUAGCCACGCUAAAAUCAUGUGUUUCGAAAAAGCUCUUUUAUAUACAACAACAUAGUUGCAUAAAAAAUGAUUAAAUUUCAAAAAAAAACCGUAUCAAAAAGUCCAAAAAAUGCCGUACAAAUUUAAAUAUUUCUCAAUAAAAAAACUUUAUUAUAACUAAGAAAUAUACUCAAAAUAUUUUCUAUAGUAAAAUUUCCAAGAAGAAAAAAUUUUUUUGUCGAUAUUCUAUUGUUUUUAUUGUUGCUAUAAAAAUUCUUACUCUCUCUUUCUCUCUUAGUUUCACAGACUGUGGUGGCCCAUAGCUUCAUCAACAAUCCUCCUCCAAUUCAGUCUCUCUUUCCUCAUUUCUCCAAAUACGAACGUUCAUCGCUUUUAAGUCUGCUUCAACGUGAUCUAGCCAUCUCUUUCUUGGUCGGCCUCUCUUUCUUGCUCUGAUUGGACGCAAAGUAAACACCCUUUUUUGGAUUCUUUCGUUGGGCAUUCUUAUGAUGUGGCCAAUCCAUCCAAUCCGCUGCGCUUUAAUAAAACGUAUUGCAUUUUCACCACUAAUAUGGUUUUCAAUUUCGUUGUUAUAACGUAUGUGAUACGUGCCAUUUCAGCACCAGUGUCCAGAUUUCAGCACCAUACGUAAGAACCGGACGUAUCAAAGUUUUAUACAUCUUGAUUUUCUGCAUUCGUUAUAAAACCUUUGAUCUGAACGAUUUUAUAUUUGCAUAGCCCGUCUUAUUAGCAGAUUUAAUUCUUUCACCUAUUGCAAUUGAUGGGUCUUUACUUGCUGAUAGAACGAAUCCUAGGUAUUUGAAUUCAUUUACACAUUCAAAAACAAAAUCAUCUAUGGCUAGAUUGUUGGUAUCCAUAUUACGUGCUGAGCGAAGAAUAAACUUAGUUUUUUCGGCGUUGACAUUCAGUCCUAUAAAUUUUUCUUUUGUUUCUAGCAGCUUGAAUAAGCGAAUUAGUUGGUUUUUGUAUUUGCCAUGUUGAGAAAGUUUUCAGCAUAAGCACAUAUUAGAAAAUCUUUGUGAAAAAAUUGUUCCGGACAAGAUAGUUUCUUUUACAACUGUGUGCAACAUAAUGUUGCAAAUCAGAGCGGACAAUGCUUCUCCUUGUUUAACACCAGACAGGACCUGGAAGGGUUCAGACAUUUCGCCUUGUACUAACACCUUGCUAGUAGUAUUGUUCAACGUGCAGAGAAUCAGGUCAAUCAGUUUCAAAGGAACGCCAAGUUUUUGGAUACAGUGUUUGAUUUGUUUUCUGUCUACACUAUCAAACGCUUGUUUAAAAUCGAUAAAUAAGCGGAAUAUAUCAAUGUUAUGCUCGAAAAAAACUUCAAAAAUUUGGUUUACCAGGAAACCUUGAUCAAUUGUUGAUCGAUUGCUUCUAAAGCCACACUGGUAUUCAUCUAUUAUUUCAUCAGCAUAAACUUUGAUAAGCACUCACACUAUUACAUAUGUCAAAAAAAUAGGAAGAAGAAGAGUGUUCUUACUUGUACUUCCUUACAAUGGCUAUGCAUUAAAACGCACACACAGCACUCCGUUGGUAAUUCCUUUCAUAUUAUUAUUUAAAAUCAGUCACACAGCUCACAGUUUGAAAUUCAAAAAGAGAAACAUUUCAAUUACGAAAUGUAAAGGGUUAAGAAUUGGCAUUUCAGACGCAGUUCAAAAGAGAGAAAUGUCGAAGUCACUUCUACCUUUUUCAAUAUGCUUUCGUGCACCAGUACAUUAUGUGGUGUAUUAUCAUGACAACACAAGUAAUUUGACAAUGCCGUAUUGCCAGGCUAUUUGCAUUGAUAUAUUUAUUGCCCCAAUACGAAUAUUUUCUCAAUUUUCGGUAUGACUUGUUAAAGUUGCAUAGCUAAGAUUUAGUUCAAUAUUUACUUUACGAAAUACGAAAUUUAUCAAUAAGUAUAUGGACAGAAGUUUGCUUCCAUUAAAACGACUACAUAAAAAUAAUAUCACAUUUACCUAUAUUACAUAAAUACGAACAUAUGUAUGUAGUUAUGUACACGCAUACUCGUGCAUAAAUGUGAACAUAUCCAUAUGCGGUCAAUGCAACAUAUCCACAAUUACAUUAUCAAAAGUUGAAAGCAAAUAAUGCAAAACCACUUUCGGAAAAUAUUUAGGUUCCAAACACAUACACAUACACAUAUACAUAUACAUGUGCAUACAUACAUACAUAGUUAAAACAAAUAUAAAUACAUAAAUUUUCAUGUAGAAACUCAAAAUAACAAAAAUUAAUACAACUAGACUCCAGUGAGUUGAAAUAUGUGAAAGAAAUUUUUUAUAUGUGAAUUUUUAAAAAUAAGUUUAGUAGAUUUAAUAAUUACUAAUAUUAUCAGAAAAUAGUACUAUGUAUUAUAAAUAAUAACAGACUAAUUAAUAAAUGUAAGUGAAUUUGUAAUUGUAAUUAUGAAAGAUGCAGUGUCUAUUAUUAUUAUUAGAAUUAAUAUUACAACAAUAAAUUUCGAGCGAUUCAAAAGUCUAUUAAUAAUGUGACUUUGUGCAAAGGCAGUGCUUAUCAUAGUUAGUAAACAUUUGCAUUUAAUUAAGGCAUUUUCGUUUUGGAAAUUUACUGAACGAUGAAGAAAAAAAAAACAAUAAAGCAAAAAUAAACUUAAAAACAAACACAAUAAUUAAAGUAAUGCAAACAAUGCAAAAAAAUUAGACAUAAAAGAAUGAUGCAUUUUGCAUUCAUAAGUCAAAUCAUUAAAAAUUGCAAACGAAAGAAAGUAUUUUGAAAAAGUUAUGCAAAAGAAUUUAGAAUUUCACAUUUAAACAGACCACAAUAAUAAUCACAUCAAAAACAUUGUAUUAGUGGUAAAUUGUAAAUGAAAGCCUCACCAGCCUACACAUAUACACAAACACAUACAUGCAUCCACAAACUCAUAUCGAAGUGAAUGAAUUUCGUUGAACCAAAUUCUAGUCCUAAGCCAGAAAUGCAGCGAUAUUAAAGUUAAAAAGAGAAUGUACGCAAACAGCAA